UAUGCGCAUUACACAUUAGGAUUGUCAUUUGUCGCCAAUAUGACAAGUACAACACGCAAGAUGUUACAAGUUACAACAUAAUUCAAAAUAUUAAACUUAAAAAGUUAUUAAUCAGUAUCAACAAUAUUCGAAUAUUAUUGCUAAUUGCAUUGUCAUGAUAAAAUAGAUUAGUCCGUGGUAGACGUAAACAAAAUGUCAAAUGUCAAUACGUUACUACUUACAAGUGCACCACCACCCACCCCCUCCUCGAUACGUGGUGAUAAGGUACCAGCAGUGUAUAUUAGGUAUUUAUUUUUAGAAAUGCGUUUCUCUGAAGCUAACCAGUGAGCGGCGGAGACCGUAUCCAUUGGCUUCACGAUAAUUAUUACGAAUUGCGAUUUACGAAGUAUAUAACCUGAAAUCGACAUUUUCCACUAAAUAUUUUAAACUUUAGUGAAUUUGUUAUUUUUCAUAUUUUAUUUUGUUUGAGCUACGUACGUCGAGUUAUGCUGCAUAAAGUAUUCUACAUUGGUUAACUUUUAAUUAUACUGAUUACUGGAAAUAUUUGUUGUUUUUAAAUAAGUGCUGGAAACCAGAUCUAAUCGGGAGACUUGCAAUAUGUCGUUAGUUGAAGAAGUUUGUGUUUGUGGUAAAAUGAAAGCAAAAAUGAAUAGUACAAAUUGGCUAAGACAUACUAUAGCAUGCAAAAAACGAAAAUCAGUAGAAAGUACUGCAAAGCUCAGUACAUUUUUUAAGUCGUCUAGAAAUGUUUCUGACAAAGUUGAAACACUGGUUAUAGAAACUAUUGAUAGUAUUGUAUGUGAACAACGUAAAUCUGACAGUCAGAAUUAUUCCGAAUCAAUACCCAAUGAUGAUGUUAUUGAUUCUAAUUUGUUGACUGAAAUUCAAUCCACAUCUUACACUAAUUCUGUCGAACCAAAAGGUUGGUCCGUCAAAAACUCCACCAACAACAAAAGAAACCAC